AUGAACAAGGACACGAUCUGUCUCAUCGAGAUGGGUAUCGAUCCACCGCUAGACGAGAGUCUAUGGCGUGAUGAUGGUUCAGCAUUCCGACAUAUCAUUAAACAUCGGGAUGAUGAUGACACAGGCAAGACGAGGUAUCUUGUGCGAUGGCGCGAAGGGGUACUACCUGGGAAACGGCCGAUGCGUUUGAUGAUGCUAAUGACAUCGAGGCAUGCCAGUAUGAUGGUGCUGCUGUCGCCUCCCGCACUCUGUACCGUGGUGCUGAUGGUGUUGCCACCACUGAGUGUAUUACUAAACUCUGUGGCAUCGGGGGACGUUGGCGUACUUCUGUCGUGCGGCCACGGUUGUCCUGUGUCACUGUCUCAUAAUUGUGACAACGAGGAAUAUGUCAUAAUCCUGGUGGCGCCUGUGCCUGGCACCCGCCACAAGUCGUAG